AUGCACGUCGAAAAGGCAGUUCGUCUCACCAAAAAUGGCAGACCGGGAGCAGCUUACUUAGACUUUCCGGCAAACAUAUUGUCAGAAGGGUUUGAAGAAUCAACAGUAUCUCCAUACUAUGGCCCCACACCGCCGCCUUUGAUAUAUCCGAAUCCGAGCGACAUACAAACAGCCGUAGAUUUGAUCACACAAGCUUCGAGACCGUUAGUGAUCGUAGGUAAAGGAGCAGCGUAUGCUAGAGCAGAAGCUACUGUGCGAGACUUGAUACAAUCGACGAAUCUACCAUUUUUGGCAACGCCAAUGGGCAAAGGAGUUGUACCGGAUGCGUCGCCUAAGUGUGUUCAACCUGCACGGUCAACUGCUCUUCAGAAAGCAGACGUCGUUCUACUGCUUGGAGCUCGGCUAAAUUGGAUCCUCCACUUUGGAAGGCCUCCUCGAUAUUCCCCAGAUGCCAAAGUAAUUCAGAUAGACCUGUCAGCUGAAGAAUUGAAUACUAGCGUCAAGUCAGCCGUCGCUAUACAGAGCGACCUCAGAGUGGCUGUUGAACAGAUCGUGGCGGGACUGAAGAAAAGGAAUUUCACGUAUAGCAGCCAGAACGAGUGGUGGCAGGUGUUGGAGAGGAAGUGUCAGGACAACCGAAGAACUGUACAGGCUAUGGCUGCAGACGAAUCAGUUCCUCUAAACUACUAUACAGUUUUCCACAACCUGUACCAACAUCUUCCCGACAACUGCAUCAUUGUGAGUGAGGGAGCGAAUACUAUGGAUAUUGGCAGAACUAUGCUCUUCAAUAACCAACCAAGAAACAGGCUUGAUGCGGGAACCUUUGGAACUAUGGGGGUUGGUCCAGGCUUUGCUAUAGCAGCUGCUCUUUACUGCAGGCACCACGAACCUACGAAACGUGUCAUUUGCGUUGAAGGUGAUUCUGCAUUUGGCUUCUCAGGAAUGGAGAUAGAGAGCAUGGUCAGAUACAAGUUACCAAUUAUAAUAGUUGUUGUAAAUAAUUCUGGAAUUUACACCGGAAUGGAACCUGAAGCUUUCAAAAACUUGAGGGAUAGUGCCGAACUAGAAGAUAUUGCAAAGAUAACACCACCUUCGUGCCUGAGUAGCGCUACCCGCUACGAUAACAUGAUGAACCUUUUGGCAAACCUGGUUUCUUUGUCAACACCAUACCAGAAUUGAAAUUAGCCAUAAAAAGUGCCUUGAAAAUUGAGGAUUCCCCAACCAUCAUCAACGUCAUAAUUAGUACAACUGCCGAUAGGAAACCACAGCAGUUCCAUUGGUUAUCAGAAUCAAAGUUGUAGAAGCUAUAUCUGUUAUAUAUAUAUAUAUAUAACUUGAGACGUGGUCAUUGCCGUCUAGACCAGUUAGGUGAAAAAUUAAAGCUUCCGCCUUU